AACGGCACGCAACCUCGACCAGAGCCGUGACCACACGUGAGAUCAGAAUCAGAAUCAGAAUCAUUGAGAUAAACAUUUCAUCGCGUGUUAAACUAAUCACACCUCAGCCUCAUUAUUAUGCUUCUUGAUCCAAGUCAAGCCACCGCCGUGCGUCAGGCAGCAAUAUCAACAGGAACACAUCCAACAGGAACACAUCUAACAGGAAUACAUCUGUCAGUGAGGACGCAUGGAUGCUGAGCAACAUUUGACCACAGAUAUAUUUGAGAAUCCGGAUUGCGAUACGCCGCUUUGCAAAAGAAAUGUGGAAGUGCUGCUGGAUAUUAGCGAGGAAAACCUAGGAGAGCAGGACGUUUACGAGAACCCCAACCAAACCGGCUGGGAUGAAGCUGUCCAAGGUUGGGGUCAGUGUUCCCCUUUUUCCUGUCUGUUUGUUGCACGACAAAAGAGCAAGAAGCUCAAACCGGAGCUCUCAGCCUCCCAUUGUGUUCUCUGCAACGAUUUGAAGGAGCUUCAAAUCGGUCCCAGACAUGCGGCUUCAGAAGCUUCCAACGAGGUAUCUGAGGAGCGUCCGGGCAGCGUUUCUCCACCUCUGGAACAUGUAAACAGAAGCCCAAGCAGCAUUAGUUCUGACUCAUCCUCAGAAAAAGAAUCAUCAGAUAUCACUCUUAAGGACAGGAGCAGGAGCAUCAGAAAAGACCGGCCGGAAAAUAAACUGCUGUCUGGGACUGAAAAGUUCACACCUGACAAACUGCUCUCUCACCUACCUCAACCGGAUGCUCGGUGCCUGUUUCUGAAAAAUAGAAAUGUUGAGAAAGUGGUCCUGCUCGGUCGUGUUAUGGUAUUACCUCCGGUAAAUGUGCCAACGAAUUCAAACACUAAUCCAAAGAGCUUGAAUGUUUCAAAGAGGAGAGAGGAUAGCGGUGGAACAAGACAAGCUAUCAUUAGUGAGAAACCCGGUGUGGACGGAGAUCAGGAAAAAUCCUUGCAGAUCCCCCAAGGAUCCGUUCUGUCCAAGCAAAGACCAACGCAGCACCAGCAUCACGUGCUAUCGGAUUUAAGUAUCUCCAGAAGGCAUCAGAUUCCCAACAACACCAUGGCAGAGACUCAACCCAGUGCCAGCUCUCUCCCGGAACGAAUUCUCAAGCAGGAGGGGCUGAUCAGGUCACAUGUACAGCACAAUUCUGGCCACAGAUCGCGGUUAAGCCACAAGGAGAAAAAUCUGAAACGGGCAGAACCCGAGCUUCCGAUGCUGUUGGGCACCAGGAUCCAGAUACCAGUGUCCACUCAGAGAUUACUGUAGCUGCCGAUCGUCCUCUCUCUCUCUCUCUUUCUCUCUCUCUCUCUCCAACAAAGUGGUACAGUGAAGCUCUGUUACACUUACUGUACAACCCAAAAAGUGUUUUUGUUCAUUUUAUACCUCUGCAAUUUGACAACACUUACAGAACUUUUUUUGUAAAUAAUCAAAUACUGUAAAACGUUCACAGACCAAGUAAUUAUCUACAUAGCAGCUAUAAAAAGUCGUUCCCUCACCUGCCGUUCAUUUUCCUUCUGUCCUGUUCAGAAAGCACAUCAGUUUAUGAGGAUAGUUACAGUAAGCGGUUAUCAUAGAAUUAAUUAUUACAUUUAUGACAUUAAGAGUAAAAAUAGGAAACAAGUUCUGAAGGUCUUAAAACCUGGACACGAGUCCCAAAGUCAUUGAGUUUAUUUGAAUGAGUUUUGGGUUAAACAUUUUAUUCUAUGACAUAAAACACAUCAGUAAAACCUCACUGGUCAUUCGUAGACCUUUUCCGUGUCGUGAAAAAGGAUGUUGUGAUGCGAACGAGUGACCGGAUCGGACGUCAUGGACGUUGAACGUCAUCACACUGAACUCCAACUUCGCAUACAAUCAGAUUCCUCCUCAGACCUCAGAGCUCGAUCGGCUCCUUAUCAGGAAACAGGAUUAAAAAAAAUAAUAAAUCCUUUCGGGUCAUGUGACUGUAUUAAAAGAGUUGGUUUAUAGCCUUUAAUUAAACAACACUGAGACAAGUUCUGCUCAUCAUCAUGAGAGAAUGAUAAACUGUAGAUGGUCGCAGAGCUUCUUUAUUUUCAGCAAUAAUCCAAAAGCCAGUGAGAAGAAAAAUCCCAAGUGGAUGAUCACUUCUGGUGUUUCACUAAAUACUUUUAUUCCACUAGUCUAUAAUGUUAUUUAUACUGUUCAGGUCUUCUGCUGCUAUUUAUUUAUAGCUAAUGGUCUAACUCUUGACGACUCCCAGUGAACUGCUUGGGAGUUCAAGCCUUAAAUAAAAUCUUCACUGCACUCUAAAGGUUUACUGUGUUUAAGUCAUUAGUUUCCUGACUGAGGCCCUUUUACGUACAUGUCCAGGAUUGCAAACGUUUCACUUUACUAGUUGCUAAUACUGAACGCUGUUUUGUAUGAUUUUAACUUCCGAAACUAAGAGAACUGUGUCCUCUCACACUGUCUGUUCGGAAUAAACCGACUGUUAUCGAACCAU